GCACCAGGCCAGGGCCUUGCGUGUACUCGCAGGCGCACACCCCUCCUGCGGCCUCUGCCCUGCGAGCAGCAAUGCGGACGGCUAGGUUAUUGCUCUGUGUCACCUCGCUGGGAUGUUGGUACAACCUAGGCUGCAAAAACGACAAGACAGAGCGCCUAGGCAGGGAGGCCACUGAAGAGAGACUGGAAAACUGCAGCCCCAGGAAUCCCAGAAAGCUGAGUAUUUGGAAGCAUCCUUGGUUAAUAUGCAGUCCAAGAGCACUCUCACUUCCCUCACACACACCCAGGAACACCUCCAGCUCUGUGUCAAGUGCAGGAUUAUCUGGGAGCACCUAAGCCCACGCAUACCUGGCAUCAUCCCUAGCCAUGUUGUCUUCUAGAAGGAAGGAAAUUAACCUUGGUGGGGCCACUUACCUUGGAGCAGAUCCAGGGCUGAGCUCCAGGCACCAUGAACCCCGCCAUCUGCAUCGCUCUCCUGCUGACAGUCUUUCAGGUGGCCUGGGGGCAGAAGGUGACAAGCCUGACAGCCUGCCUGGUGAACCAGAGCCUGCGCCUGGACUGCCGCCAUGAGAACACCACCACCUUGCCCAUCCUGUACGAGUUCAGCGUGACCCGCGAGACCAAGAAACACGUGAUCGAAGGCACUUUGGGAGUGCCUGAGCACUCAUAUCGCACCCGGACCAACCUCACUAGCAAGUAUGACAUUAAGGUCCUCUACUUAAAUGGCUUCACCAACAAGGAUGAGGGCACCUAUACAUGUGAGCUCCGCCUCUCUGGCCAGCCUCUCAGCAUCUCCAACAAGAACAUCUCAGUCUUCAGAGACAAACUGGUCAAGUGUGAGGGCAUAAGCCUGCUGGUCCAGAAUACUUCAUGGCUGCUGCUGCUCCUGCUCUCCCUGCCUCUCCUCCAGGCCAUGGAUUUCAUCUCCCUGUGACGGGUUGUGCCCACAGAGGAUACAGGAAGCCACAAGACCUGGUCCAGAGACCCAAGUUCUCUGAGUCGGCUGACCCCCUCCUCCCAGUCCCUCACACACCUCGGGGAGGAAUAGGGACUCCACCUCUCAUAAGGAACCCCAGUGCUGCAUGCCAUUAUUUACCCACUCCCACUGCCACCCGACCCCCACAGCCCCUCACACCCUCUCUGCACACCACUGGCUGUCUUUUGUACUCUUUGUUCCAGAGCUGCUUCUGUCUGGUUUAUUUAGAGUUUAUCCUGCCUUUUCUUCUGGAGUUUGUGAAAAGGGAAGCCAGGGUUGGGGAACUAAUGGAGAGUGAGAGGAUGGGGCAGGGGGGAUAGAAAAAUAACCAAUCCCUGGGGGACCAUCCUUGCCCAGUGGGGACCAGAGGCCGCGGAGAGACCUGGGUGAGGAGGGGAUGGGGUGUCUGGGGCUGGUACCCGUGUGGUCUAUGCUGAGACCAUCCCUCAGCAGGCAGGGAUGGCACCUGAAGAUCCCAGAGGUAAGGACCCCCCCAAGCAUUUGUGGCCAUCACGUGAGAGAACAGAGCAUCUUCCAAAGCAUCCUCAACCAAAGCAAAAAAAAAAUCCCCUCUUUAAGACCCCGUAGAAAUCCCCCAGAGGCCUGGGGCCAGGGGCAUAGUUCAGUGAGAAAGCAGAUCCCGAUGGGAGCAAUGCUGAUGAGGGGCUGGCUGAAGGGGUAAGAGGUGAGGGCAUGUCAUCCCUCCCUACCUAAGGAAGCCGGAAAUGUGAGCCUACUGUCCUGACCAGCAGUAGAGAAGGUGGCAGAGGAAAACAAGCCCCUCCCUAAGAGCAUCCAGAACUCUGACCUGGACCCAAGGAGUCGGGCUGGCUGGAGUCCCAGAGCCCCCCAGAGUCUAGCCCAAGUGUUUCUUCAGGAGGUUCUUUUCUCCCUCCCUCAUCAGUGCCAGCCCCUGCUAGCUGGUGCCUGAGCCCCUCAGAUAGCCCCCUGCCCCACAGGCCUGGCUUUUCAGGGACCUCUGGGGGCCAGAGGCAGGCCAUGGAGUGAGACCCAUGGGUGGGACACGCCUUGGGAGGUGAGGUGGCUUUUCCUAACCCCCAGCUCCCCACCAGCAGCCCUGUCCUGUCCUGUGACUGUGUGUAGUGCCACCACAGCUUAUGGCAUCUCAUUGAGGAAAAAGAAAACUGCACAAUAAAAUCAAGCCUCUGGAAUCGA